AUGUCUAAUAUUCUUGCCGUUGAUUUCAAACAAACUGAGCGUAUUGCUCUCAAAACUACUCUUAGAGAUUAUAUUUCCUAUUCCUAUGAUGAACAUCCAGACAUAUACACUGACGAUUUACGCAUUCUUGACGAACUUAGGACUGAUUGUUUGAAUUUGGAGGUACACCAAAAUGCACUAUAUCGGCUGCAAAAAUAUUAUGGGCAACUAGUCUUCAUUGGUGCUAAAUUUCCAAUUGACGUAGGCAUAGAAUUUCCUUGGUAUUCAGCUUUUCCAAAUAACGAAAAAAAGCCGGUUGCACAUAAAAAUUUUUACUAUGAGAGAGCUUGUGUACUAUUUAAUAUUGGUGCCAUGUAUAGCAAGCUCGGCAUCUCGGAAAGCAGGUUAACUCCCGAAGGUGUCAAAAGGGCUUGUCAAUAUUUUCAAAACGCGGCUGGUUGUUUCAAACAUCUGGAUAAUGUAGUAGUACCAGAAAUGAGAAUACUGCCAACAUCGGAUAUGUCAUCUGCUGCUUUAAAUGUUCUUAUGAAUAUUAUGUUGGCACAAGCUCAAGAAUGUUUUUGGCAAAAAGCUGUAUAUGAAAAAUUAAAGGAUGGAAAUGUGGCAAAAUUAGCAAGUCAGGUGUCUACAUACUAUGAGACAGCAUUUGAAUUAGCGACAAAUAAUCCAGAAGUUUCAAAAUUAAUAGGUCAAAAUUGGCUUACACAUUUGCAAGUAAAAUCAUGGCAUUUUGCCGCUGCUGCUAAAUUUCGCAAAUCUUGUGAAUGCAUUAGUCAAAAUAAGUAUGGUGAAGAAAUUGCGAGGUUGCGAGUAGCUGAGGGGUACGUGAAUCGAGCAUUUGAUCAACGUAAAAAUUUAAGAGAAGCUGUAAUAAAAGAUUUAGAGUCAUUACAUACAGUUGUUACUUCAAAUCUUAGCCGUGCUGUAAAAGAUAAUGAUAUUAUAUAUUUAAACACUAUUCCUUCAGCUUCAUCAUUACCUCAAAUUGGUCGGGCAAGUCUGGCUAGUCCAGCACUUCCUCCAGAAGUCAAUGAUCCAAUCUCCUUGAUGAAUGAAAGAUCUAUUUUGGGUCUUCCAUUGUUUGUAAAACUCGUUCCUUUUGCUGUUCAUCAGGCUCAUAGUGUAUAUUCCGAUCGUAAAGAAAGAUUGGUAAAGGAAGAAAUCUUAUUUAAAUUGAAUGAGUUAACAAGUAUCUGUAACAGUACAUUAAAAUCCCUAAAUUUAUCUUCUUUAUCGCUGGAAACAGAUGAUCAGAUAAUUCCACAAUUAAUAUUGGCAAAUUCACAAGAUGUUCGCAAUGAAGGCGGUGUAACAAGACUGAAUGCAAUGUUUGAUAGCAUACAAGAUGCAUCUCCAAAUAAUAAUCAAAUUUUAGAUGAGGCAUUAAAUAUUUUAGAUCAAGAGGCCAUUGAGGAUGAAGAAUGGGAAAAGAAAUUUGGAGAAAGAUGGACAAGAAAGAAAUCUAUUGUAGCUAAUAAAGAUUUGAUAGAUCAAGGGUUAAAUCAUCAACAAAUUCUUCAACAGGCGUUCAAAGGUGACUUGGCAGUCAAAAAUAAAUUAGAACAAUGGAGUCAACACAUUGAAUCAUUAGGUUCUGAUAGGUCAAGUUUCACUUUUGAUACAUCUGCACAAUCAAAUAUUAAAAAUCGGAACAAUGAGUUACGGAAUCUUAUAAAUGAAGCCCAUGCUAAUAUUGGAGAACGUAAUAAGACUAUUGAAGAAAUUAAAAAAGUUUCUAAUCUAGAUGAUAUUGGUCCUAAAUUACUCAAAGAGGCUGCAAAAAUUACUGCCAAUGGUACUGCGAUAAAAAUCGAGCCGGCGCACUUUGAAGAACUGUUCAGUGAAGAGUUGAAAAAAUAUGAUAAAUAUUUAGAGCUUGUGCAGCGUGAAACUGAAAAUCAAGAAAAAUUGUUGAGCAAUAUUGAGAGAAAAUACCAAGAGUUAACAGAAGAACGUAAUAGAGUAAUGAAUACUUUUGGAAGGUCAGAAACACUUGAGAAAUUUAAUACGGCGUAUCAAAAAUUCAAAGAAAUAUUAUCAAACUUACAAGAAGGAAUCAAAUUUUAUCGCAAUUUUGAAACUACUUUGCGAGAAUAUAAAAAAAAGUGUCAAGAAUUUGCAGCUUUUCGCCAUAAGGAAGGAUAUGACAUUGUCCU